ACAGCGUCGCCUGAACAGAACACAUCUCGUCAAUUAUAUUCAACAUCUCAAGAGAUUAUGAACGUAAAAGCAUUUUUUUAAAUAUAUUUUUCCAAGUGAUAGGCAGCGACUAACUUUGGGUGCAUCCUCGGGUCAUGGCGAGCGCAGCUCCUGCUGAGAACGUGGACCGUGAGUUGACCUGCACCAUCUGCCUUGAUACGUUUGACUGCCCCUCCACGCUCAGCUGCGGCCACUCGUUCUGCCUCCAGUGCCUGGAGGACGCCUGGAAGGAGACAGACUUCUACUGCUGCCCGCAGUGCCGUAAGACCUUCCCUCGACGACCCCAGCUGACCAGGAACGUGACGCUCGCCAACCUCAUAGAGCAGCUGCGAGUGACUGAGACCAUGGCUACUGUUUCUGCUGCUCCUGCUGGUGUUGUUUUUUGUGAAAACUGCCCAGAAGGCAAGACGCCUGCAGUGAAGACCUGCCUCAAGUGCGACACGUCAUUCUGCACGGAGCACCUCGCGCCUCACCUGGAGAAUAAAAAGUUUAAUGACCACGUCUUGGUUUCACCAAAUGUAAACCCUGAAGUCCGCAAGUGCAAGAGGCACAAAGAGGAGCUCAAGUUCUUCUGCAAGCAAGACCUCAGCCUCGUAUGCAGGGACUGCAUCAUCACAGGAGACCACACGGGUCAUAAGUUAAUCACACUGGAGGAUGAGCAUCAGACACGGAAGAGUGGAGUCGGAGAAGAAACGCGAGCGGUGGAGGAGCAGAGGAGGAAGGCGGAGGCGUCCGUGGGACGGAUGGAGGCCACUCGCAAGGUCGUGCAGAAUUCCAUGGUCCAGACCAAGGCUCGCAUCUCAGGCGAGUUCACCCGCAUGAGGGCGAUGCUGGAUGAGGACGAGAGGGCAGCUCUGGACUGCGUGGACUUGAAGGGGCGUGAGCUGCUGUCCCAGAUCGAGGAGAACAUCGCUCAUUACCAGCGCGAGAUCAGUGACCUCAUGGCAGCAGCCACGCGCCUGCGCGCUCUACAAGAGGAGAGGGACUCGCUCACGUUCCUGCAGGUUCACCUGAAAGAGACAAACCGGAGAUACGCUCAGAAGGGAUCUCUACCCUCAUCUCCCAGUGAAAAAGAUAUCGCCUCGAUCAUCACCCUGCAGGGAGCUGUGGUCAACCUGCUGGCAUUCAUGUAUGGACGCUCAUCGAGUCUGGACCAAAACUCGGCCCACAACAAACUCCAGAUUUCCUCGGAUCUCAGGACGGUUACGCGGACCGCUGUCUCCCAGGGUCGCCCUGAUCACCCACACCGCUUUGAUCACUGGCCACAAGCCCUGAGCUCCGAGAGCUUAUCGUCGGGUCAACACUACUGGGAGGUGGACGUGGGGGGUGCGGCGGGGGGCUGUGUGGUUGGAGUCGCGUACAGGACAAUCGCACGCAAAGGGAGUGGUAAAGAAUGCAGCCUGGGACAGAACGACUCAUCCUGGAUGUUAUAUAAAGAUAACAACAGCUGCUCAGUUUGGCAUGGUGGUGUAAAGAGCUCAGUUGCGGUGAGGGAUCCUCCCCGGAGAGUCGGGUGUCACCUGCACUGUGAGGCGGGAUUGCUGUCGUUUUACCGCGCUGACUCAAUGGAGCUGUUGCACUCCAUUCACCACUCGUUUAGUCAACCGCUCUACCCCGCACUGAGUGUGUGGGGUGAUGGUGACUCAGUGAGGAUUCUGGAUCUGAGUCGUGCGUCCUUAGAGCACAGAGCGUGAGCAGCGCAGAGAAACGGGCACAACGCACAGACUCAUGCACACAAAGACACAGAUCCACCAUGAAGCCAUGAAGCCUUAACAGACUGUUGGGGCAAG